GACCGACUAUAUUUCAGUAAAUAUUUCARUAUAAUUUUUGCGGAUUAUCGUCAUGACAUCUCCGGCUCCAUUUCUUAUUCGUCUGGUCUCAAGCUCCGUGGCAAUCGCCAAUCGUGCUGGCGUUCUCAUAAGAGAUGUUUUGAAAAAAGGAGAACUUGGAAUUGUAAACAAGAGUGAAGAUGUUACAAAGACAUUUGAUCCACAAACUGAAGCUGAUAGGAUUGCCCAAAAAUGCAUCAUAGGAUCUCUAUUGAAAGAGUAUCCUGAUGUGAAGAUAGUUGGUGAGGAAGAGGGUCUAGACAUCAAUGACUUGAGCGAUGACCUUCUUGUGUCAAAUCAAGACCCAAGUGUCCUAGAGCAAAAAUGUCCAGAAAAAAUGAAGGAUAUACAAGCUACAGAUGUUGUUAUUUGGGUUGAUCCUCUUGAUGGAACUAGAGAAUUUACUGAGGGUUUAUAUAACCACUCCACUGUCCUAAUUGGAGUGUCAUUUGCAGGCCGACCAGUUGCUGGUAUAAUACACCAACCAUUUCAUGGUCAUGUCCAUGGCACAAAGCUCAGUGAUAAUGAAAAAUUAGGUCGUACCAUAUGGGGAAUUCCAGGACUCGGUGCAUUUGGAUUCCUAACAAAGGCAGUGUCUCCUGGUCGAAGAAUUAUUACAACAACACGGUCACAUUCUAAUAAGUCGGUUGUUGACGCAAUAGAGGCUAUGAAGCCUGAUGGAAUUCUGCGUGUCGGGGGGUCAGGUCAUAAAGUUGUCCUAGUACUAGAAGGUGAUGCAGACGGAUACAUAUUUGCAAGUGCUGGUUGCAAGCGUUGGGAUACUUGUGCUGGAGAGGCCAUCUUAGAAGCAAUUGGUGGCAAAUUGACUGAUGUAUUUGGCAAUCMAGUUAAUUAUGAUUUUGAAGCUGAUGACUAUGUCAAUAGGUCUGGAGUAGUUGCAUCGUUAAAAGAUCAUGAUUUGUAUAUUGGAAUGAUACCAGAUUCAGUCAAAGAAGGACUUAAAGUUAAAUAGUCAAAUUAAAUUAAAAAAAUUGUUACUAGGUAAAGUAUAAUUUCAUGAACACAUAAAUAAGUAAUGUGCUAAUAUAUUAGAUUUAAUAGCCAGUAUAAAUAAUUUMAAAGGAAAGGAAUUUAUUUAGUGAAAGGACAUUUUCAAACUCAUGUUAUGAUGCAUGUCAGUCACACAAUGGUUUGAUAAACUACAACUGAUUUAAGUCUAAUAAAUCAUUAAUAGUUAUCAGCAUUUGAUGGUAAAAUAGAAAAAGAAACAAUGUGUAAUUGUACAUCAUAUGCUYAAUUAUGUUUUACUGGUUUAUGAAUACAAAAAUAUGCAUUCAAUGACUUAAUUUGAAAGUUUACAAAGGAUAUAUGUUUUACUGAGAAGAUUGCAUGUCUUCCAUGCAAAGUCAAAACUAAUAUUUUACAUUUUUGUAGUUAGUCUGCCACUACUGAAAUCUCUAUAUGCAGGAAAAUAAACUUUAAAAUGUUACUGGUAUGAAUCUGUGUUUCAAUGAUUAGUGAAUUUACCUGCUUCACUAAAAAACAAGUCACCCAUGUUGUAAUUAUUAUCAUAUUGCAUAGAAAAUAAAGUAAAUAUAAAAUA